CUUUUGAACAGCCUCAAAAUCCUCAAAAGACAGCAGGGAGAAGGAGAAUGAAGGCACAAAAACAAAACCGUUGCUCAGGCAGCAUCAGCUCAUAUUCCAGGGACUUUCUGGAAGUUUAAUCAGCUCAAAAGAAAUGAAAUUGUACGAUGAGCCGGGUCUCAUUAUUAGAGAGAAACCUACGAGCAGGUGAAAAUCUUUACCUUUACUUGAUAAAGACCUAAUCUAGAAUAUAUAGUUGUACCUAGAUAUUUACUGACACUUUUUAAAAACUGCCCGACAUUAAAUGAGGCCAAACAUUACGCUUUUAAGUGAGAAUAAUUAACAUUUGCCAUAUUUCAACUGCCGACAGCCAGCGUUCUGUUAUCAAGGAGACAAAGCGGCGAGUCUCCUGAAAGUCUAUUGUUGUGUUCCAGUGAAUUUCUUGCAGAAAACCCAAAGUAGGAAUGGUAGUGUGGUAAUAGUACUGAUAAUUUUCAAAUAUUGGAGAAUAUUUUUCCACUGUGAAUUAUGAUUGUGUUCAAGGUUUUUAACAAACAAUAGAUUUAGUAUCUAAAAAAAAAUAGAGCAUCAGACAGACAGAUUGCAAAGUGUGAAUCAGUGAGAGGAGGAGACCAGGAUGGACUGAAUAAGCCGUUUGUUUGUCCCUGUGUUGUCCUGCCUGGCCUUACUUGGUGCUCGGCGCCUGGCUUCCAGGGCAUCUUCCUUUCACAACGACCUCUGCCAUCGUCGCAUUGCCAUUUUUUCGCUGCUGUGGGAGCGACUCUAAAGCGUGUGCUUAUCUCGACUUCUGGAGCGCUCGCUGCAGGCCUGAUGAUGCAGGGACUGGGGAAGACGGAGAGAGGAGAGCAGGGACGCGACAUCGACCUGGCGUCGAUGAGAUCCACCAUGCCGGCCAGCGGCCCACUGCAGGGACUUUCCACACCAAACCUGAACAUGAACCUGUAUGCUACCAAGAAGACAGCAGCCGAAGGCAUGCUGGACAUCGCUCUGUUCCUGGCUAACAUCACGCACAUGAAGACCGUCAUUGAACAAGGAGCAGGAUACAGGUACUAUGCUGCUGUCCUGACGCUCAUAUCCUUCUCCCUGGCUCUUCAGAUAGUUGCCGGCGUUUUGAUUAUCAUAAUAGCUCGUUUUGAGCUGACACUCCUCCCCUCGUACCGACGAUGUUUGAACUUCCUGAACAAUCUGGUCACUGGCAUUAUCUUCCUCACCCUCCUUGUAAACGUCAUCAAAGCCGCAUUUGGCACACAGCGCAGCUGCCUCCUCCGGUGGCUAUUUCAUCGCUUUAUCUUAUGAGUCACGCUUAACUAAUGUACAGUAAGUACAUUGAUUCGUAGACAUAACAUUACAUUUAAAUUUCCAUUGAAAAAUGUAAUAAAAAACCCCUAUUGUCUGUGUAUUUACUCAGACUAACAACAUGUUGGAUGUUCAGGAUGCCUUUUCCUAUUUCCUGCCAAAGUACUGACUCUGAUUGGUUGUUUCUGACCAGAAGUGCAUUUCCAGAUGGCAGUAGAACCACAUGGAGGAGGCAGAGAAGAUUGAUGUGUUUUUUUUUCACAAAUUACCUGUCUCAUGUUGUACUGUCACAACAUAGUGAGUACAGUAGUUUUAACAAAUGAGUAAAACAACAUUUUUACAAAAGUUACGUAAAGUUGAUAGAAGCAAAACAAGUUACCAGCCCUCAUCUUACAAAUAGCUUUAACUAUACCUAAAAACACAUCUAAAUAAAAAGCUAUUUAAAUAUUUUUUUUUUUUUUGCUGAAAUAAAACCCACGGUUUAUAAUGUGUCGCUACAACCAAUGGGGGAUUAAGUUAGCAUAGUGCAAAACUAGUUUUUAAGCUAUGCUAACAUGCUAUUUGCUUUUGACAGGUAUUGAACAUAUAUGGUAAAGUUAUUAUUAAUAAUAGUAGCAUUAUCCAUGUAUUAUGAAUGGAUGGAUGGAUGGUAGCAGUAGCUGGUUAGCUAGCUUAGCACAGAGGAAACGUUGAAUUUAAGAACAAUGCACUGUAGCGAGAUAGUAGUGGGCUCACUUUUUAAUUAUUAUAUUGUAAUUAAAGUACCAGCCUAAUAAACCAGUACAUAAGAAUGAAAGUAAAGUGACCAAACAUCAAACUCAUCAAAGCUGCUCUCAUAAAUCUGAGACUUUAAACAGAUAAUGGUGAACAAAAUGUUGUAUAAAAUGCUGUUCUAUUCCUAGAAGUUAAAGGUAACAGAUACAAGCCAGAAAGCUGGCAUAGGCCUAUAAUGAAAUAUGAUUAAUUUAAUUUUUCCAGUUGAAGACAAGUUUGAGCUUAUUUACACCAAGGUUUUGCUGGGGUUUUUUUUUUUUUUCCAGUUAAAAUAUAAAUUACACAACACGGAGGCUUGGGGGCUGAAUGACUGAAUAGUAUGAAUGUGUGGAAAGAAUAAUAGUGAGAUUGUGAGCAACAACCGUAUGCGUGCGUGUGUGUUUGAUGGUAAUGUGGGAAAUUGUUUGUUGUGUCUGCGUGCGCACGUGUGUGUGUGUGUGUGUUUGUAUG